UUUAAGGUUAUAAAAUUUUGAGAAAUAUCAAAAAAAAGAUAUAAUAUGACACAUCGAUUUAGAAUUUGAAAUAUUAAAAAUUUAAUUAACGUGUUACUUAUUUGUAUGAAAAUCUAUAUAUAAAUAACAAAAGGUAAUCAUAUGGAUGAAACAAACGAUAAUCGAUCGGAAUUUAUGAUGCAUGUGAUGCAACUUCGAUCGUAUUGGUCAGAAUUCAGGUAGGGAAUUAUCCUCCAUUGAAUCAAUUAAUUCGUUGGAUAAUAUUUCACAUGAAAAAUUUGCUUUUCUCGAAAAAUUUUUUGAAAAACAAAAUUGACGAUUUGUUUUCAAAAAAAAAAAAAAAAAAAAAAAACGUUUUGGAUUUGCAUUGUUGAGAAUUUAAUUCGUGAUCCGAUUACGAAAUAAAAUUCAACAGAAGAUGUAUAUAUUUCUUUUUCUUCUCAUAUUUUCUUUUCGCCUCGAUGCUUCGAAUUGUAUAUUCGAGAUUUAAACAUUUAUGAGCCUUCUCAAAUAAUUCCAAACGAGAAAGAAAGCUUUAUUUCCACGUAUGUUCAUGCAUAUAUGUACGUCGCGUAUUAACGCUGGACUAAAGCGUACACGCAUAUUCGACACAUCGUUCGACGUUCGUAUCUGUAUUGUUAUGAAACGCCUGCGCGAGUUUCCUUUUGAAAGAAACGACGACGGUAGGGGUAACGCGGGAUUCAGGGACGAAAUUGCACCGUGGUUUUCAACUACCGGAUAUCAGUGAAAGACGAGCGGUCUCGCGGUUAAGUCGUCCUUCAACUCCAUGUCGCCUUCUCUUGGCCUCUUCCUUCGGUACGGAAUUUUGGCGGUUAUUUUUAAGAAUGGUUUCUGUGAUGAACACGAAUACAGAUUGACAAAAUACUUGUUGGAGGGAUACGAUGCAGCUGUGAGACCAGCAAAAAAUUCCUCUCAACCUUUGGCCGUUAUCUUUGGUCUUUCUCUUCAUCAUAUAAUCGAUGUGGAUGAAAAAAAUCAAAUACUAACCACUAAUUGUUGGGUAACACAAAUUUGGACCGAUCAUCAUUUGAAAUGGAACGCCUCGGAAUUCGCAGGAAUUCGAGUAAUUCGUGUUCCAUACAAUCGCGUUUGGAGACCUGAUAUUAUACUCUAUAACAACGCAGAUCCACAGUACAGUUCAGCGAUUAUAAAUACAAACGUAAUCGUCAGUCACACGGGCGAAGUAGUAUGGCUUAGUCAUGGUAUUUUUCGUAGCAGCUGUGACAUAGAUGUUGAAUUUUUUCCCUUCGAUGAGCAAAGGUGUGCCUUGAAAUGGGCAUCUUGGACUUACGACGGAUAUCAGCUUGAACUUGAAAAACAGAGCGAACAAGGCGACGUAACUAAUUACAAAGCAAACGGUGAAUUCGAUCUCGUCGAUUUUUCUGCCAGACGAAAUAUCGAGUAUUACUCCUGUUGUCCAGAACCUUACCCGGAUAUCACUUAUGAGAUCCGUUUACGACGGCGAUCAAUGUUUUACGUCUUCAAUCUCAUACUUCCUUGCAUACUUAUCAACGGUAUCGCUCUACUGGUAUUCUAUGUACCUUCGGAAUCUGGAGAAAAAGUUACUCUUGGAAUCUCGGCUCUUCUUUCGAUGACUGUCUUCCUCAUGACAAUACGCGAGACUCUUCCACCGACGGAAAAGACGCCUUUGAUAAGUCUCUAUUAUGGAGUAAGCAUUUGUCUCGUGUCGUUCGCGUCAGGAUUAGCGGUAUUGACUUUGAAUUUACAUCAUCGUGGCACGAGAGUACCCGAAGUUGUGAGAUCGUUAUUUCUACACAAGUUGGCAAGAAUAGUGUUUCUUAAUUUUCAAGAAGAGAAUAAGCCGGGAUCCGCAGAAUCGAUGAGAAAGGUAAACAGUUGUCCAUUACAUUCUAAAACUGAUUUACCUCAGCAACAAAUGACGUCACCUAAGCACGUUAAGAGAAAGCAGGAUGGUGACAGUAUCAGUCCUAAUCUUGAUUUUGGAAAAGAUAAUAAUUUGGAAACUCAAUGGACUCGCAUUUUGGGAAGAGUGCAUGCAACUAUUGAGAGAAACGAGAGGCGUUUAGCCGAACAAGAUAAAAGAGAAAGAACGGAAUUAGAAUGGAAACAAAUUGCUCUUGUUAGCGAUCGUAUAUUGUUAGGUAUUUUUUUUCUUAUGACUAUUGUUAGCACAGCUGUUAUCCUAUACGGUUCACCUCCUACUACGGAGAGCAAAAACGAUGGCUAAUCAUAAAAAUUAUUUAAAAUUUUAUUAAAGUCAAUUUUGUAUAAAACGUCAAAUUACAAUUGUUCAGUGUAUUGAUUAUAUUUAAUCGUACAAUAUAUGAAAAAUACUAAAGUAUUAGAGUGACAGUAAUUAGAGAAGAAAAGAAGACUUUGGAACUUGUUGUAUAGUUCGAUUGUGGUUUCUUUUUUUUCGUGCGGCUAAUAUUAAGAGCAUGUUUGGCUAUACUUUUUUACACUGUGGAAUUUAAUAAUCAUAAGUUUACUUGUUAAAGACAGACGUCAUUGUAAAUAUUAUAUCGAGUAUUAUAUACGAACAUCUAUCUCAGCUGCUAUAAUUCAAUUGAUAAUUCAGUAAGUAAUAAAUAAUAAGGUAUAAUUGCUAUUUUAUUAAAUUUCAAGUAA